AUACAACCUUUCCGAGCACAAAUUCUUCUGGUAGAACUUGAGAUGCUACCAUGAAGGUCAAAAGACUCAACACCAAAAAGGCCGGGGUCCUGCAUCCCGAUCUUGCUGGUCUCAUCAACAAGAUAAAGGAUUGUGAAGAUGAAAAGCUUCAUCAGCUGCUCAAGGAGCUUUUGCCGCACAACACGCCAUGGCAAUACCCUCGAGGGGACAUGCAUCACUGGGUGCCGGUCCUCGACAAGUUUGACGCCAUUUACGAAGCAAAGAUCAGUCAAUACAAUGUCGACACCGUUCAGUCUCAAGACUUUGCCGAGGAAGACAAGCAGUUGCUGUUGGAGAUUCUGAGGGUGGAGAAGCUGGUCAUGGACAAUGCCACGAGCAGGAAGAUUUUUGCUAGCUAUGAUAGACUAUGCGAGCUGAUGUCGACGAGCGACCUCGACGUCCUACAAGCCGUUCUUGCCCUGCUGCAUCGACCGGCUCAGCAGUACUCGAAUGUCACCAGCUUCGAGCUGAACGAGAAUGCUACCAUCCAGGGCAGGCUUCUCAUGUUGACGACCGCCGGAGGAUCUUGGGGUCGCUUGAAGGAAAACGGAUGGGGCUUGCUUCAGUUGGCUCAAGCCGUAGACAAGAAGGGCGGUUCGAGCGACUCGGAAGGAUCGAUCAACUUGCCGGAUUCGUUCUUUCACAUCCAGGCGCAGUUUUAUCGCCCCACUCAGAUCUCUGCUUCUGGAGAACCUCAGAGCUCGUCGGCGCCGCCUGACACCAAGGAACUGGUUCAACCGACCUCGGAGCUACGUCUCGGAUCGCAGGAGCAGAGGCUCACUUCGCCUCCUGCAGCGAACAAGACAUCCGAGUCUAGCAAUCCCUUUGAAACUCCGACAAAGCAAGCCAGCAGCUCGAAUCCCGCACACAAAGGACGAGUUGCCACCCUCGCUGGAGCAGAGCCCUCGACACCGCAACCCGCUCAAGGUCCCAGUUCGCCUGGCGCGGGUACGGUCACCAAAACGCCGUGGUCGCAUGCGUUCACGAACCAAGACGGUCUGACGAAGCUGUCCCUGUUCAGCGGAGCUUUCGCCGACCUUGCAAAGAGCGGGAAAUGGACCCCUCAUCAGGUCCUAGCGGAGCUGUUGAAGGAGCAUCCCGAGCUACAGGGCAACGAUAUGAAGGACGUGCACUUCGAGAUUCUCAGUCGACUUGAAUGCAUGAUGGCUGUCGCCGCGCCUGAAGGCAAACUUACGGCCGAGAAGAAGCGACACAUCGCUCAACUUCUAGCCAUCCGAUUGACGGCGAUGUCGAUUUACAUCCACGUUGUCAAUGAAGAUGUCGCACAGACUGAACUGUUCCUCCAUGAGCCGACCAUCAUCGGACAGCUAGCAGAACUGGUCCAGCCCAGCUCUCGGGUCGGGGACUCGAUCGUGACUGCGGCGCUAUUGGUCGACGACGCUUGUCUGCGAUACCGUACCAAAUGCAGCGAGGUUUUCAGUUCUUUGAACGCCAACGUGGCGCACGGCAUCUUGAUGACCUUUUUCCGCGAUCUUAUCAAACGUCUGAGCACCGAUGAAGACGUUCCCUACCCGUUGGUAGAUGCGACUCUUGCGUUCUUCUCGCUGGCGAUUGUAUCGCCUACGCACGGAAGCAUGCUGAUCGGGGCUGGUAUUAUUCCGACCCUGAUCGAGUUGAUCAAGGAUACUAACCCGGCUCAUGGAGGUUACGUCGCUCGUGCCAUCGGUCUGAUGGACACGAUCAUCUACACGAAUCCGAACGUAUUCGGUCUUUUCUGUAACGCCGGAGGCCUGGAGGUCCUAAAUUCCCGGAUCACCGUCGAGCUAGACAAGUGGCUGUCUCCUUCGAUGAUGGAAGAAAGCGUCUCAGAAUCCGAGCUGCUCAGGCGCACCGUCCCUCUCAAGUUGAUGUUCCGCUCGAUACAUCGAUUGAUGCAGUCUGGGGGUACAACAGAAGGUCUUCGAAAUCUUAUCGAUUCCGAAUUGCCCAAGUCUCUUCUCAGGACACUGCAGAAUACUGACAAGCUCGGAGCUCCGGUGCUUGCAAUCGCUAUCAACAUUACGGCCACGUUCGUACAUAAUGAGCCCACAUCUUUGCCCAUCAUCCAAGAGAUGAAACUUCCCGAGGCGAUGUAUGAUGCGCUCGAGAACAACAAAUACCCUUCUUACGAGGUCAUCUCGACGAUCCCGUAUGCCCUGGGUGCACUGUGCCUGAAUCAGGCCGGAAUGGAUUUUGUGCUAAGCCGGCCUCAGUUGAUCCGCUUACUGGUGAAUUCGCCUACGAAUCCAGCCUAUCGAGACGUAUUGAAAGAGCGCGACAAUGCCGCCUACCUUGGCUCGAGCUUGGAUGAAUUGGCUCGGCAUCAUCCUCCCCUCAAGGCUGUCCUUCACGAAGCUCUAUUUGACAUGUUGCGUACGCUCGCAACCAUGGGACAAAAGGCUCGCUGGGCAGCAAUUAACAAAGUCGCGGAUUACCGUUUGCUCCCGGAUGCUGCUCAAAGCGGCGCGGGCGAACCCCUUCUAGAAGCCAAAGCAGCUCUCGAGAUGCCACCGGCCGAAGAGGAUACCGAAAUGCACAUGGAUGUGGUCUUAUGGCUGAGCAGUCAGCUCAUGUCGGGCUUGUUUCACAACCCCCAUCUCGCCAAGGAUUUCCUAGCUCAAGGGGGUCUCGAAUUGGUUCUUGACUUAUACCGGCUGCCAUGUCUUGUCAGCCAGUUCUCGACCACAGAUACGGCAAACCACAUGCAGGAAGUGUUCCGCAACCUCGCCGAGGCCGAUCUGACCAAGGUUCUAGAAGGCAUCGUGUCUGCAGUCAAGGCCGCCAUGGUGGACAAUCCUGCUUUGGAAUGGCACGCGACUGGUGUCGACACGGCUGCUACGACUCGGUUGCUGCAUCCCGGCAAUGCCGAAGAGCUUGAACAGGCUAACAUGGUAUUCCGGAAGAUGGUCAGCUUGAAUAAUCUGCUCGGCUUACUCAGCAGUCUCUAUUCGACUGUUGGAUUCGCUCACGGCAAGGUGGCCACCGCUUUCCUGAUGGCGCUCGGAGCGGCAAGCUCUUCUACUCUCAUUGCCGACAUGGGCAAGCUGCAUCGAGCGGCCAUCUGGCAGAACAUUUGGCUGAAGGUGAAGCAAUCUCCUGCGAAGCCGACUCCUCAAGCGAUCACCCAGAUCAGAACAGUCGAAGAGAAUCUCCUGUCUCCAGCCGUCGAAUACAGCUCGAGUGACUUGGCCACUGCUCUUGUUUCGCCGGCAGAUGUCUCCGCGGAUGUUAGCCGUAGACUCAACGAGGCUUCCGAGACCCCGACGAGCGGCGAAUCGCAGGCUCUGCCGGAAAACUACAUCUCCCUCAAGUACCUAUUCUCCCGGAUCCCCCUUCAACUGACAACGUUCUUCCAAGGCGUCAUCAAGAUGCUUCUGUUCCGAAGGAUUGAACCGGUUCAUCGUGUCCACUCGGUCCCCACUGCGGACCAGCUAGCCACCAUGCUUGUUGCGCACCUCAAUCAUUCGUCCGGGUCAGAUUUCGACGUUCUCAGUGUCGCGGGCAGAGCGGCGGUAGUCGCCCUAGUCUCUGCCAUGCUUUAUGAGGGUUGGACUGCCUCGGUAAGCAUGCAGACUAUGCUGCUGAUCGCUUUCCAGAAGAAGGGUGGUAUCACUGCCAUCAGUCAACUCCUCACGAGCCAAGUAACCGCGAUGGGGCCGAACCCUUUGAUCGAGACUCCGCUGUUCAAGAAGGAUAUGGCAGCUCUCCUCAGAGUACUGGCUGGACUGAAGGUCAUGUUUGAUUUGGUCAAAACCCUCGUGUCAGCAGUCCCUUUGCUUGAAUCGCCUCAGACCACAAUCCUUACGACCAAGGACAAGGAACUCGACCAGGAAGACUACUUCUCCCCUUUCGAGUUCCUCAUCAAGAUCAGGCUUGACCUUGCUGAUCCGAUCUGGCAGGCUUUCAGCGCCAAGUGGCUCGAGUCCUGCCCUUCGCCCAUCACACAGAUUGUCACUAAGGCAGCACUCUGUUUGAUCGAACCGUUGCCGGGUUCACAAGUGAUCGCGGCCAGCGCCUCUCCUACAUCGAGCACAGGCGGUCUCAGCACAUCUUUGGCGGCUCUUGGCUUCCCUACCUCUCGGGCCAGCGCGUCGGCACCAGCCACUGAUGUUCGACCGGAUCCGACCUAUGUCGAUAUGCUCACCCAAAUGGGAUUCACUCGCAAUGCUGCUGAGAUCUCGCUCAGGCGAACCAACAACAUCUUCCCGUCGGCGGCGUACUAUAUCGUUCAGCAUGGUCACCAGCUCGCUGCAACUGCACCAGCAGAAGGAGAAAAUGGAAUCGACGGGCAAGUAGACACACCCAUGGCCGUCGAAUCGAGCACUUCGGCCAAUCCCGAAGCGCAAUCAUCCGACGCCGUGUCUGAUCAGAGCAUCACGCCGGCCUCGACGUCACGCAAGGUAGCUGCCAAAGCUGUCGCAGAGGGCCGAAAGGCGCAUCUCGAACAGCGGAGAAAGCUGUAUCGCAGGGACCUUCCGGCUCGCGCGAUCCGACUCGUAGAGGUGCAUAACGAUCUGGUGUUCGAGUUUGCCCAAGCCCUUCUGGAGGACGUCUCCUCUGUCGUGGCGGUCAUGGACUCUAUCAGAAAUCUUCCGCCUGAUGAGUCCAACAGGGAUGCCAAGCUCCAAGCCAGACUUCGUUUGUUCGCGGUCAUCGCCCAUCAACCCACAUUCGGUACCAAAGUCACGUCCGAGAAAUCGCUGCAGGUCAUAGAGUCUCUGCGAACUCUUCCGAACGCGAUCGAAGCCCCUCGUCCUGCUUGGGUGUCUGCCAAGCUGCUAGCGGUUGACUGCCUCUUGAUGUGGGGCGAGAGCAUCAAGGCACCUCCUGCUGAAGGGACCGAAGCGACGACCGACAUCAUGACCGGUCCCAAGUACGACGAGGCGCGGCGGGAGUCGCUCGAAUACGCCACCAAGCUUUUACUGCAGCGAGACCUGAACGAGGACGAGCUUCUAGCCGUGCUGCGUACCCUGGUAUUAUUGACGCGCGACAAGUCGUCUUGUCAGCUGUUUUUGGACAAUUCUGGAUUGCCUGGGUUGUUCCAGGCGGUUCUCGCGACUCCCGCUAAACGUCGACAUUCCGCCAUGGCGUUUGCGACGAUUAUUUGCCGUCACCUCAUCGAAGAUGAAGCGGUUCUGGAGACUUGCAUUGAGCGUGAGAUCAACCAGUGGUUUGCUCGCCCGAGAAACACCGCAGCGCACGCCAAGCACUUCGUUUCCAACUUGCGAUCCGUAGCGUUGCGCGACCCGGCGAUUUUCUUGAAGGUAGCUAUCGCAGAUUGUGAGAUCCUCGAGCCAGAGCCGAGAGGAGGCAUGCACCAGAUUGCACUCAAGAAGAAGUCGCAGGAUGCGCAAGCAAUGACCUCGGAGGAUAAGACUAAACCCGAACAGGUGCCAGAGACCGAGGCUAUGCAAGUCGACGACCCGUUCCAGGCGCCUGUAGAUUCUACAGUUGCCACUGGCUCUCCUCUCGAACAAGUAAUGAAUUACUUGAUCAACGAGAUCUUCUCUAUUCACAAGACACAGACUUCUUCGGGAGACAGCACUGCGAUGACUUCCGAGAACAAGCAGUCUUCGGAAAAUCAAUUGUCGGCCGUCCUCCUGGUCUUGACGGAACUUCUUGGAUCCUACAACGAGAGCAAGGUCGCCAUGGUGCAGCCUAGUAGAAAGACUGGAAAGGAUGCAGCCAGUGCGAACAAGAUGCGAUCGCCGGUACUGCAGGUCUUACUCAACAACUAUGUGUGCAACAUCGUGUUUGACGCCGAUGUGACGAGAGCGAGUGGCGACAAGGUGACCGACGCACAAAAGGCCAGGAUGAAUGUCUCGAACUGGGCUGGAGCAGUCAUUGUCGCGCUUUGCUCCGAUGCUACUGGAAGCAAUGCAAUCAAAGACGCUUCCUCAACCAUCGUCACUAUUCGCAAGACUGUCAUGGAUACCAUUGCGAAAGCCAUCAAGGAGAUCAGUACCGCUACGGACCCUCUCAACCUCAGAUACGGGCGACUUUGGGCGUUGAGUGAACUCUGCUACCGUCUCUUAACGGCCCGUCCUACCGUUCAGCCCAAAGGUCAAGACGACUCGUCUCUACAUAUCGCCAAAAUCAUGCUCGAGAAAGGCUUUGUACCGAUGCUUACCACCGCCAUGGCCGAGAUCGAUCUCACUUAUCCCCAGGUCAAGAACCUAAUUACAGCCAUCGUUCAGCCUCUCGAAUACCUUACCAAGAUCUCCAUGAAGAUGGCUCGACCCGACAAAGCGAAGCCGACCAAUGAGGAGGUCUCGGACGACGAGAGCAUGACCACUGACAGUGAAAGCGAGGACGAAGAUAUGGAAGAUGACGAAGCGUCCACGGAUGCGCCGGACAUGUACAGGAAUUCUUCACUGGGAAUGUUCGGUGGUGAGAUGGACGACUAUCUCGAGGAUUCGGACGGCAUGGGAGAUGACGACGAAGAAGACGACCUUGACCAUUACGAGGAAGUGGAAGGAAUGGACGACGAGAGCGAGAAUGGUACAGAGCCGUCCGAUUCCGAAUCUGACGAGGAGCUGGAGCACUGGGACGCGCACAUGGAAGACGAAGAUCACAUUGAAGGCGAAGACGCUUUCCCGGACGAUGACGAGAAUGUCGAUCAAGGUCAAGAGGAUCAGUACGGCAUCUUCGAUGACGGCGCUGUCGACAUUGUGGACGAGGACGACGCUGAGGGAUAUGCCGGCGACGAAGUGUAUCUUGAAGACGAGAUGGAGGAGGACGAGCAGUCCGAAAGGAGUAGCAGGAGCGACUACGAUGAAGAGGAGUUGGACGCAUUGGACACUGUCGUCGUAGAUCCUCUCAGCGCAAACACGAACACCGGUCCUACGCUGAACUGGGGCUGGGGCCAACCGGUCCGAACUCAAUCUCGAGAGGACACGCAGCAACAGCAUCGCAACCAUCGAUCUCUGCAGAACACUAUGAGCUUGAUGGAAGACAUCGGCCCGUUCCACCGCUCGCAUCCACCGCAAGCUCCCGUGGCGUCCGUCACUUCUCAUCCCCUGUUGCAACAAGAGGGCGUAGCAAACCCUGCACAGAACCCGCGGGGCCGUGGUCAUCGGCAUUAUCCGGGUGGUGCUCUGGGUGACAUACUGCAGUCUAUCGAGCAUCUGACUGGUGGAAGUCAGGGUCCUGACGGUCAUAGAGCCCUCGAGACUCUCCUUGAUCAGCUUGGGGGCAGAACACCAGAGCUAAUCCGAAUCGAGUAUCGUGAAGGUGGUCGGGCCGGAGAUAUCUUUGAUAUUCCGAUCAAUAGCGGACACCGCUUCGGCUCAUCACGCCGCUCGCGAGAGCCCGCGCCUGUAGAUGUCGAAGCUUUCUCGUCGAUUCCUUUGCCCACCAUCAACCGAUGGCAAGAGGAGGAGAGCCUGAUGAGCUCUUACGACUCGGGAGCGCGCUUGCAAAACCUGACUGGAUGGAUCGUCAACGCUCUACUUCCAGCAGCUCGUGAGACCCAAAAGAAGAUCAAUGAGCGAAUCGAGGAAAUCCGGCGAGAAGCCGAGGCGAGACUCAAGAAAGAAGAGGAAGAAAAGGCAGAGAAGGAAGCCGAAGCGGAGAGGCAGCGUCUUCAACAGGAGGCCGACGAACGGGAGCGUCUGGCACAGGAGCCUCCGAGCCAAACAGGCGAAAGCAACGUUCAAGACGUAGAAAUGGGCGCCGCCACAGAGUCUGCAGAUGAAGCUCCGGCUGUUAGAAUCACCGUCAUGAUACACGGUGCCGAGGUUGACAUUACCGAUACUGGCAUCGAUCCCGAAUUCCUGGAAGCCUUGCCUGAAGAUAUGCGAGCUGAUGUCGUCUCACAGCAUUUGAGGGACAACCGGGCAGCCGAGACACAAAACCAGCCAUCCGUUUCGACCGAGAUCAGCCCUGAAUUCCUCGAUGCUCUACCUCCCGAGAUAAGAGCCGAAGUCAUCCAACAGGAGGCUAUCGAAGCGGCCAGGCGCAAUGCAGAAGCCAGAGGCGGCGCGGGUCAAGGGCUGCCGAACGCUGGAGCAGCGCAGCAGUUGAUGAGGGGUUUGCCAGACAUCGGAGAUCUUCAAAACUUCCUGGCGAACCUUGAUCCCCGUAUUCGCAAUAUUGCCAACAUGGAGCAACAACACGAGGCGAUCCUCCGCAAUCUUCCACAGCAAGCACGGGAUGAUGUCGAGGCUUUGUCCAACAUCGACCCUGUUUUCGCCCAACAAUUCCGGGACGAAUUAGCUCGUCUCAGAUCUGGCGCUUUCGCUCUACGAAACCGAUUGCAAGGGAGCGGACAUCAGCACCGAGGCUCACAGACUGGAGCUCCGCACAAGAAGGCUCCAAGGGAAACGAUACAGCUUCUGGACAAACCUGGUAUUGCUGCUCUCGUUCGUCUCCUUUUCUUCCCCGAAAUCAACAAGAAGGACCGUCUCCUGAAGGUACUCAGUAACCUCUGCGAGAAUACUAAAAGCCGAAGCGAUGUCAUCAGCAUGUUGCUUAGUGUCCUACAGGAUGAUUCCGGCGAUCUGAGCUAUGUCGACAAACAGUCUGCUGCAAAGGCUACCAAGGGUGCUUUGUCUACACCCAAGGCGACACCCAAGAAGAAGGGUGCCUCGGAUGCCAUGACGUCCUCAGCCGCUAUGUUGGCAGGACUACAGAGCGACAGCAUUCCGACGUUUGUGGCUCAACGCGCAUUCGAAGCACUAUCGCACAUCGCUACGAAUAACGAGCUCGUUUUGCUCUACUUCUUGACGGAGCAAGAUAUGCCUAUCGUCAGUACGAAAUCGAGCAAGAAGGGCAAAGGGAGAGAGAAACAGACAGCGGCAGCAUACCCGAUCGCCGCGCUUCUCAAGCUGCUUGACCGUCAGAGUCUCUUCCGCUCUCCGGGCAUGGCCGAAACACUCACAGCGUUGUUGGCCACAUUGACCAAGCCUCUAUCACAGCUGUCGUCGGUCAAGCCUGCCAAGUCGGCAUCCGAUAAGCCUGAAAACAUGCAGACUGUAUCGGAUGCCGCUGAGUCGUCCACUACCACGAAUGCUGCUCCCGAUACUGAGGAAGCGCCAAUCGAAAAUGCGGCGCCUGAAAACAGUGGGACCGAGGUGCCAUCCGGCGAACAGUCAGGGGACCCCGCCGGAGAUGCUUUGAGUGACUCUGCUGGUCUACUCAAAUCACCUCCCAACAUCGCUGAGGACGUUCUGAAGCUCGUGCCUAACGUCCUUACUUUCGGGGAAUGCUCAAGCAGGACUUUCUCCAGUACGCUGAGUCUUAUACAGAACUUGACGCACAUCCCUUCGGCCAAGGAGAUCAUCUCGGCUCAGUUGCAAGACCAAGCUCAACGCCUCGGUGACCUGUUGAGCAAGGAUCUCGAGCAAUUACACCGAGACUUGCUGGAGGCGGAAAAGGCAGAAUCUGAGCGAGAAGUUCCUGUGGGCAACUUCAGCCCUGCCUCGUCGGCACAGACCAAGCUCCUUCGAGUCCUGAAGACAAUCGAUUACAUCUAUGCUCCAAAAGAUGGUCAUAAUCAUGCGACUUGGGAUGCAUCGGUUGUUACCGCGAUUGCCGAAGGCACCAAAACGUUGGAUGCAGAGGAAGAACGCAUCCAAGGCAUCUUCGACUCGAUGCACCUCGCGCCUCUUUGGGAUGUUCUGGGCAAGUGUUUGACAGUGGUCGAGCGCAAAGACUCGCUCAUCAACAUCGCGACGGUGCUCCUUCCGCUUGUCGAAUCGCUCAUGGUGGUCAGCAAAUACGGCAGCGCAAAGGCAGCUGCGACCCGGACGCGGGCUGGGUCCGUCGCUCUGUCCCCUAUGAGCCCGCGCGAGAUACCGGAGGAAGAUGCCUUCGUGGUGUUCACUAGUCGUCAUCGCAAGGUAUUGAACACGAUGGUUCGCAACAACCCGUCCUUGAUGAGCGGUUCGUUCUCGCUGCUCAUCCUCAACCCCAGAGUCCUCGAGUUCGACAACAAGAGGAAUUGGUUCAUGCAACAGCUUCGCAAGAAGCCCAGUCGGGACGUAGGUGGCCAUCUGCACCUUAACAUUCGUCGAGAACACAUAUUCGAAGACUCGUACAAGGCCUUCUUCAACAAAUCUGGCGAUACCUUGAAGUAUGGCAAGCUCAACAUAAAAUUCUCUGGCGAAGAGGGUGUCGACGCGGGUGGUGUAACGCGGGAAUGGUACAGCUCGUUGGCCCAGUCGAUUUUCAACCCCGGAUACUGCUUGUUUGAGCCUUGUGCUGCUGACGAGGGCACAUAUCAGCUGUCUCAGCACUCUUGGGUCAACGGCGACCAUCUGGACUACUUCCGCUUCAUCGGAAAGGUCAUCGCCAAGGCUAUCUAUGACCAACGCUUGUUGGACGCUUAUUUCAGCCGAGCCUUCUACAAACAAAUUCUUGGACGCAAGGUGGAUGUACGCGAUCUGGAAAGCGUGGACCCCGAGUAUCACAAAUCUCUGGUCUGGAUGUUGAACAACGAUAUCACCGGGGUGAUCGAGCUGGACUUUUCGCUCGAAACCGAGGAGUUCGGAGCGAAGAAAGUGAUUGACUUGAAGGAAGGUGGCAGCAACAUACCUGUCACUGAGGAGAACAAGGGCGAGUAUGUCCGCUUGGUUGUGGAGCACCGACUGGAGACGUCGAUCCAAAAGCAGGCCAAGGCGUUCCUUGGGGGGUUCUACGAAAUCAUUCCCCGCAAAUUGAUCUCGGUCUUUGAUCCGGAUCAGCUUGAACUUUUGAUUUCGGGGGUCUCUCAAAUCGACGUUGACGAGCUGAAGAACGCUACUCAACUUCACGGUUGGAAGCACAGCGACGCCGAGGUCACCUGGUUCUGGAGGGCGCUGCGAAGCUUCUCGCAGGAGGAAAAGGCAAAGUUCCUGAUGUUUGUUACCUCCUCUUCGAGAGUCCCACUGGGCGGAUUCACACAGCUUCAGGGCAGUUCCGGAAUCCAGCCGUUCCAGAUCCACAAAGUAAGAGGAAUCGUGUGUUCUACGGAACGAUUGCAACUGAUACAAUUUCCCGCGACAUUGCAGCUGUAUCGAGAAAACGUGCUCCCCAGCGCAGCGACCUGCUUCAACGAGUUGCUCUUGCCGUCUUUCCCGAGCUAUGAAGACCUCAGGCACAAGCUCUUGACUGCGAUCUCAGAAGGAGCGGGACAUUUCGGGCUUGCAUAAAACCGCCACGAUAACUGAAUGAUCACUAGAGACCAGAUAUGACACGCGACAUGCUAUGUAUCAUCGACCCCUACAUGUAUUCAACGACCCCUUAUGCUAUUGUAAUUCAGCCUCCAUUUGGCCUAUCAAAUCUCCUGCCGAUGGCC